AUGGGCGAGCGUUGUGGUGCGGUGCUGCGGGUGCUGGUGCUGCAGGCGGCCUGGGCGCUGGCGGGCGGGCAGGUGCGGUACUCGGUGCCGGAGGAAGCCAAGGCCGGCACGGUGGUGGGCCGUCUGGCGCAGGACCUGGGGCUGGAGGCGGGCGAGGCGGAGGCGCGGCGGCUGCGGCUGGUGGCGCAGGGCCGGCGGGCGAGCGUGGAGGUGAGCGGGGCGAGCGGCGCGCUGCUGGUGAGCUCGCGGCUCGACCGGGAGGAGCUGUGCGGCAAGAGCGCGCCGUGCGCGCUGCGCCUGGAGGUGCUGCUGGAGCGGCCGCUGCGCGUCUUCCAUGUGCAGCUGGAGGUCACCGACAUCAACGACAAUGCCCCCGUCUUCCCCGCCGCCCAAAAAAACCUCAGCUUAUCAGAGAAUUCGCCUCCUGGGUCUCGUUUCCCGCUGGAGGGCGCGUCGGAUGCGGAUAUCGGAGAGAAUGCGCAGCUCUCCUACACACUCAGUCCUAACGAGCAUUUUAGAAUAGAGGAAGAAAACAGUAACUCUCGCAGUAAGUCACUGUUUCUGAUACUCACGAAAUCUCUGGACCGGGAGACGAUUCCCGUGCACCGGUUGGUGCUGACGGCGAGUGACGGGGGCCGGCCGUCUCUGACGGGGACAAUGGAGCUGCUGAUCUCGGUGCUGGAUGUGAAUGACAACGCACCCCAGUUCAACCAGUCUGCAUAUAACGUACUUUUGCCCGAAGACGCUUUAGUGGGGACUCUUGUAGCACAGGUGAACGCCACGGAUGCGGACAAAGGAAUCUAUGGUGAAAUUUUAUAUGCUAUUGUUACUAUUGUUCCCCCCUCAGCAGGAGAUUUAUUCAGUAUCGAUGCAAAUAGUGGAGAGAUCAGACUGAAAGGUGCCCUGGACUUCGAAACAGUGACUUUAUACGAAUUGCACAUUAAAGGAGCAGAUAAGGGUUCACCUCCUCUGUCGGGUCACUGCAAGGUGGUGCUGGAGGUGCUGGACGUGAACGACAACGCGCCGGAGGUGUGGGUGACGUCGCUGUCGGUGCCGGUGUCGGAGGACGCGUCGGUGGGGACGGUGGUGGCCCUGCUGAGCGUGUCGGACCGAGACUCGGGGGCGAACGGGCGCGUGCGGUGCUGGGUGUGGCCGGCGUCGCCGUUCGGUCUGGAGGCGACGUUCGCGGGCUCGUACUCGCUGGUGCUGCGCGAGGCGCUGGACCGGGAGCGGGUGUCGGAGUACGAGGUGGAGGUGCGUGCGGAGGACGGCGGGGCGCCGGCGCUGCGCGCCAGCCGCGGGCUGCGGGUGCCGGUGUCGGACGUGAACGACAACGCGCCCGCGUUCUCGCAGGCCGUGUACACGGUGCUGGCGCGGGAGAACAACGCGGCGGGCGCGGAGCUGGCGCGGCUGUGGGCGCGGGACCCGGACGAGGCGGGCAACGGGCGCGUGAGCUACUCGGUGUGGGAGGGCGGCGUGGGCGGCGGGGCCGCGGCUCCGUCGUGGUCGUCGGGGGCCGUGGGCGGCGGGUGGCGUGCGGCGUCGAGCUACGUGUCGGUGGACGCGGAGAGCGGGCGGCUGUGGGCGCUGCAGCCCUUGGACUACGAGGAGCUGCAGGUGCUGCAGUUCGAGGUGCGCGCGGUGGACGCGGGGGAGCCGCCGCUGUGCGGCAACGCCACGGUGCAGCUCUUCGUGCUGGACGAGAACGACAACGCGCCGGCGCUGCUGCUGCCGCCCGCGGGCUCGGCGGCGGAGGCGGGCGCCGUGGCGGCCGAGGCGUCCUCGGGGCCGGGCUCGGGCUCGGGCUCGGGCUCGGGCUCGGGCACGCUGUGGGCGUGGGCGGCGUGGGGGGCGCCGGCGGGCCAGGUGGUGGCGAAGAUCCGCGCCGUGGACGCCGACUCGGGCUACAACGCGUGGCUGCGCUACGAGCUGUGGGAGCCGCGGGGCAAGGGCCCGUUCCGCGUGGGGCUCUACAGCGGCGAGGUGAGCACGGCGCGGCCGCUGGACGAGGCGGACGGCCCUCGCCAGAGGCUGCUGAUCGUCGUGCGCGACCACGGCGAGCCGGCGCGCUCGGCCACGGCCACGCUCAGCGUGUCGCUGCUCGAGGCGGCCGAGGCGGCGCUGGCCGCGGGCCCGGGAUCGUCGCUCUCCUCCUCCUCGUCCUCGUCGUCCUGGUCGGCGUCGGGGUCGCGGUCGGCGUCGGGCGUGGAGCUCGGCGCCGGCGCGGCCAGCGCGGCGACCAACGUGUGGCUGGUGGUGGCGAUCUGCGCCGUGUCCAGCCUGUUCCUGCUGGCCCUGGUGCUGUACGGGGCGUCGCGCUGGGCGCCGCGGGCGGCCGUGCUCUCGGGGCCCGGGCCCACGACGCUGGUGUGCGCCAGCGAAGUGGGCAGCUGGUCGUACUCGCAGCGCCACAGCCGCAGCCUGUGCGUGGCGGACGGCGCGGCCAAGAGCGACCUCAUGGUUUUCAGCCCCAAUUUCCCUCCGCCGCCGCCCGGCGCCGCGGCCAAGGACACGCAGCCGGAGCCCUCCGCUCUCCUCGACACGGUCAGUGCUGCUUCCUCUGCUCAUGUCUACUUGUUUUUUUCCUCUUCUGCCCCUUCUGUUAUGUUCCCUGAGCAGUCUCUGAUGGCUUCCAAUCCGAAUUGCCGAUUCCAGAGGGCGGUGUGUUCCUUAACAAAUGAUUAUUUAAGUCACGAGCACCGUUCCCCCUGCCGCUAUGUCCUUGCACGAGCUCCAGAACUCCUGCUGGUGGGCGGGGAAUACUUGGGAGAAAUAAAGAGUGAUGACCUUGUUGGUAUCACCUGUGGUUUUCUUCUCUGUCCUCAUCCUGUGUCGUUUUCCUCAGCUAGAGUUGUGGGGACAACUGACGAUUCCGACUUGUGCUUUAAUUUCCGAGAGUCUGAUGUUGGAGGCGUUCUGGAUCUUGAGAUGCCAUGUGGUAUUGAAAUGGCCAGAGUCCUUUGUGCUUAUGAAUAUCUCCCAUCAGAGACAGCUCCUUGGCUGCCUCUGGCCUGGCAUGUGGAAAGUGUUGGAAAAGAGUGGGAGAGGCUCAGUGGGGACUGGGACCUCUACCCCAGGUACACUGAUAGUUUUAAGGGCAAGUGUCCUUUAAAACUAAUCCCCCUGCUCGGAAAAUAUUUCUUUUCUGAAGAAGGAAGCAGUUCAGAAGAGGCAGUGAGUGCCUGCCAGAAAGGAAGAGAAGAACGUGGAACAUGCAAGCGGAGAGCGGCGGAGCAGCGCACGGUGUCGCUGCAGGCUCAGGAACGGCGCGUGGGCGGCUCCGCCCCGGUGCGGCGGAGAGCCCGGCUGUGA